AUGAGUUUGAUCAUCAAUACCUUCUACAGCAAUAAGGAAAUCUUCUUGAGAGAAUUGAUAUCCAAUGCUUCUGAUGCUUUGGAUAAGCUUCGUCACAUCAGUUUGACUGAACCAUCAGUCUUGGACACUGAAAGGGAAUUGUGUAUUCGUAUCAUCCCUGAUAAGGUUAACAAGACUUUAACCCUCAUUGAUACAGGAGUUGCGAUGACUAAGGCCGAUUUAAUUAAUUGUUUAGGUACUAUUGCUAGAUCUGGAACAAAGCAAUUUAUGGAAAUGCUCCAAGCUGGUGCUGAUGUUUCCUUGAUUGGUCAAUUCGGUGUUGGUUUCUACUCUGCUUACUUGGUUGCCGAUAGAGUUGUUGUCACCACUAAACAUAAUGAUGACGAACAAUACAUCUGGGAAUCUGCUGCUGGUGGUAGCUUUACCAUUACUUUGGAUGAAACUGGCGAAAGAUUGACUCGUGGUACUAAGAUUGUUUUGCACAUGAAGGAAGAUCAAUUGGAAUAUUUGGAAGAAAGAAAGUUGAAGGAUUUGGUCAAGAAACACUCUGAAUUCAUCGGAUAUCCAAUUUCUUUGUAUGUUGAAAAGACUGAAGAAAAGGAAGUUGAAGAAGAUGAAGAAAAGAAGGACGAAGAAAAGACUGACGAACCAAAGAUUGAAGAAGUUGAUGAAGAUAAGGAAAAAAAGACCAAGAAGGUUAAGGAAGUUACUCACGAAUGGGAAUUGUUGAACAAGACCAAGCCAUUGUGGACUCGUGACGCCAAGACUGUCACCAAGGAAGAAUAUGCUUCAUUCUACAAGGCCUUGACCAAUGACUGGGAAGAACAUUUGGCUGUCAAGCACUUCUCUGUUGAAGGUAACUUUGAAUUCAAGGCUAUCCUCUUUGCUCCAAAGAGAGCUCCAUUCGAUUUGUUCGAACCAAAGAAGAAGCUUAACAAUAUCAAAUUAUACGUUAGAAGAGUCUUUAUCAUGGACAAUUGUGAAGAAUUAAUUCCAGAAUACUUGAACUUUAUCAAGGGUAUUGUUGAUUCUGAAGAUUUGCCAUUGAACAUUUCCAGAGAACAUUUGCAACAAAACAAGAUCAUGAAGGUUAUUAGAAAGAAUUUGGUCAAGAAGUGUAUUGAAAUGUUCUCUGAAAUUUCUGAAAAUAAGGAAGAUUGGAAGUCAUUCUAUGAAGCCUUUGGAAAGAACUUAAAGUUGGGUAUUCACGAAGAUUCUCAAAACAGACAAAAGUUGGCUGAAUUGUUGAGAUUCUCCUCAUCCACUAGUGGUGAAGAUUGGACUUCAUUCAAGGAAUAUGUUGAACGUAUGAAGGAAGGUCAAGAAGACAUUUACUACAUUACUGGUGAAAGCAAGAAGGCUGUUGCCAACUCUCCAUUCAUUGAAAAGUGUGCCAAGAAGGGUAUUGAAGUCUUGUACUUGACUGACCCAAUUGAUGAAUACAUGGUCCAACAAUUGAAGGAAUUCGAUGGUAAAAAGUUGGUUUGUGUUACCAAGGAAGGUUUAAAGUUGCCAGAAACUGAAGAAGAAAAGAAGAAGAAGGAAGAAUUGAAGGCCUCAUUCGAAGCUUUGUGCAAGUUGAUGAAGGACAUUUUGGGUGAUAAGGUUGAAAAGGUUGUCGUUUCUGACAGACUUGGUGAUUCUCCAUGUUGUUUGGUUACUGGUGAAUAUGGUUGGUCAUCAAACAUGGAACGUAUCAUGAAGGCUCAAGCUUUGAAGGAUAACUCAAUGGCUGCUUACAUGGUUUCCAAGAAGACUAUGGAAAUUAACCCAGAAAACUCAAUUGUCAAUGAAUUGAGAAAGAAGGCUGAAGCUAACAAGGCUGACAAGACUUUGAGAGAUUUGGUCUGGUUGUUGUUCGACAUUUCAUUGUUGACUUCUGGUUUCUCAUUGGAAGAACCAUCAACCUUUGCUGGUAGAAUCCACAGAAUGAUCAAGCUUGGUUUGAGCAUUGAUGAAGAUGAAAUCGUCACUGAUGCUGAAGUCAAGAAGGAAGAAGUUGCUGAAGAACCAGCUGCUGAAUCCUUGAUGGAAGAUGUCGAUUAA